UUUUGUCCAAUACACGAAAGAAACAACAAGAAGCUAGCCAUGGCUAUAGCUACCAAACCUUUCAUUGCUUUCCUUUUCAUCUCUUCUGUUUUGCUUGCUCCUUACUUAUCUAUCUCGGAGGGCACCGUCGACCAGCCGACUCCGAUCGUGAGUGGUCUCUCCUGGACAUUCUACCAAAACACAUGUCCCGUCCUCGAAUUCAUUAUAAGGGACUACUUGAUGUCGGUCUUCAUUAGCGACAUAGGCCAAGCUGCCGGCUUGCUCCGUCUUCAUUUCCAUGAUUGCUUCGUCCAGGGAUGUGAUGCAUCGGUGUUGUUGGAUGGAUCGGCAAGUGGACCUGGGGAACAAGAAGCUCCACCGAACCUCACCCUGAGGGAUAGGGCAUUCGAGAUCAUCAACGAACUGCGCAGUCGCAUCGAAAACGCCUGUGGAAGAGUCGUCUCCUGUGCUGAUAUCCUUGCUCUUGCUGCUCGUGAAUCCGUGUACUUGUCAGGAGGUCCGUAUUAUGCUGUACCAAUGGGAAGAAGAGAUGGGUUAACUUUCGCCACCAUAAAUGCAACACUGCAGAACUUACCGCCGCCCUCCUCCAACGCCAGCACCAUCCUCUCCAUGCUCGCCACCAAAAACCUCGACCCGACCGACGUCGUAGCUCUCUCCGGCGGCCACACGAUCGGCCUAAGCCAUUGCACCUCUUUCACCGGCCGACUCUACCCUACCCAAGACCCCACCAUGGACCAAACAUUCGCCAACAACCUCAAGGUCAUUUGUCCGAUAGCCAAUUCGACCAACACCACGGUGUUGGACAUCAGGACCCCUAACAUAUUCGACAACAAAUAUUACGUCGAUCUCAUGAACCGACAAGGACUGUUCACCUCCGACCAAGAUUUGUACACCGAUAGUAGGACGAGGGGCAUCGUUACUAGCUUUGCUAUUGAUCAGAAUCUCUUCUUCCAGAGGUUUGCGGUGGCGAUGAUAAAGAUGGGGCAGUUGAGUGUGUUGACCGGCAACGAUGGGGAGAUUCGUGCCAACUGCUCGGCGAGAAACGCUGGUAAAACUUCGGUUUUGGUGUCGGCGGUGGAAGAGCUGCCGGUGGAGGAGGCUCGGUCCGGGUUUUAAGUAGCUGAUUAAGCUUGUUUAAAGCGUGUAGGAUGUUGAUUGUGACAUUGUGUCAUUUGUGUGUACGACUUUGGGGACUGAGUUUUGUAUUUCAGCGUGUUUAGAGACUGUUCUACUCUCGUUUUUAUGUACGUUUGGUUUUGUAUUGAAUAAAUUGCAUUUAUAUUCA